UGUUCUCUUCAACUCACGCCUUUCUUAACCCGAACCAAAUCUCAGGGGGAGAGGGAAGAGAGGCGGAUCGAACGUAGCAGUAGACUGAGAGCCCAUGGCCGCUUCCUCCUCCGUGAACGCCGCCCGAGCCCUCGUGGGCCUCGCCGUCUUCGACCAUGGCUCAUCUUCCAACGCCCGCCCCGACCGCGUCGCCCUCCCGGCCGGCGGAUCCGCCCUCAGCUCCCACGCCGCCUGGUCACUCACGUCCUCUCCCCGCUUCCAGCAGUGCACCUCUCGCCGACGGCCCAAGCCCUGCUCCUCUCGUCGCGCUGCGCCCGCCAGGGCCGCUGCGGUGGAGACCCUCGAGGCCGCCGCCACGGAUGCCCUCGUGGAGAAGUCCGUCAACACCAUCCGGUUCCUCGCCAUCGACGCCGUCGAGAAGGCCAACUCAGGCCACCCGGGCCUCCCCAUGGGGUGCGCGCCCAUGGGCCACAUCUUGUACGACGAGGUCAUGAAUUACAACCCCAAGAACCCCUACUGGUUCAACCGCGACCGGUUUGUGCUCUCCGCCGGCCAUGGAUGCAUGCUCCAAUACGCCCUGCUCCAUCUUGCUGGCUACGAUAGCGUCAAGAUGGAAGACUUGAAGCAAUUCCGUCAAUGGGGAAGCAAAACUCCUGGUCAUCCUGAGAACUUCGAGACACCAGGAAUUGAAGUCACUACUGGUCCGCUCGGUCAAGGUGUUGCUAAUGCUGUUGGUUUGGCUCUUGCUGAGCGACACCUAGCUGCCCGUUUCAAUAAGCCUGACAAUGAGAUUAUUGACCAUUACACAUAUGUGAUGCUUGGGGAUGGUUGCCAAAUGGAGGGCAUCGCAAACGAAGCUUGUUCUCUUGCUGGGCACUGGGGUCUAGGGAAACUUAUCGCUUUUUACGAUGACAACCACAUCUCCAUUGAUGGUGACACAGAGAUUGCAUUUACAGAAGAUGCUAUUGAUCGUUUUGAGGCUCUCGGAUGGCAUACCAUCUGGGUGAAGAAUGGAAACACCGGGUAUGAUGAUAUUCGUGCUGCCAUUAAGGAAGCAAAGGCAGUGAAAGACAAACCGACUCUUAUCAAGGUCACUACGACCAUUGGAUAUGGAUCACCAAACAAGGCAAACACAUACAGCGUGCAUGGAAGUGCAUUGGGUGCCAAGGAAGUUGAUGCAACUAGGCAAAGCCUCGAAUGGCCAUAUGAACCUUUCUAUGUGCCUGAGGAUGUGAAGAGUCACUGGAGCCGCCAUGCCCCUGAAGGUGCUGCUCUUGAAGCUGAGUGGAAUGCCAGAUUUGCGGAGUAUGAAGAGAAGUACAAGGAGGAUGCUGCAGAGCUGAAAGCUAUCAUAUCAGGAGAAUUGCCCGCUGGAUGGGAGAAAGCCCUUCCGAGAUAUACUCCUGAAAGUCCUGCAGAUGCAACUAGAAAUUUAUCGCAGCAGAACCUAAAUGCACUUGCAAAAGUACUACCUGGGCUUCUUGGUGGUAGUGCGGACCUCGCAUCCUCCAACAUGACAUUGUUGAAGAUGUUUGGUAACUUCCAAAAGGGCACACCUGAGGAGCGGAAUGUUCGUUUCGGGGUUAGGGAACAUGGGAUGGGUGCCAUCUGCAACGGCAUUGCCCUUCACAGCCCUGGUCUUCUCCCUUACUGUGCUACUUUCUUUGUUUUCACCGACUACAUGAGAGCUGCCAUGAGGAUUUCGGCCUUGUCUGAGGCAGGAGUCAUCUAUGUGAUGACACAUGAUUCAAUUGGUCUUGGGGAAGAUGGCCCUACCCAUCAGCCAAUUGAGCAUUUGAUAAGCUUCCGAGCCAUGCCCAACAUUCUGAUGCUCAGGCCUGCUGAUGGGAACGAGACUGCUGGGGCCUACAAGGUUGCGGUGCUCAACAGGAAGAGACCGUCAGUCCUUGCUCUCUCACGACAGAAGCUUCCUCAACUUCCAGGAACAUCAAUUGAAGAUGUUGAGAAGGGAGGAUAUACCAUUUCUGAUAAUUCUACUGGUAACAAACCAGAUCUGAUUUUGAUCGGCACUGGUUCAGAAUUGGAGAUUGCAGCGAAGGCCGCAGAUGAGCUAAGGAAGGAGGGGAAAACAGUACGUGUGGUAUCUCUUGUUUGCUGGGAGUUGUUUGAUGAGCAACCAGACGAAUACAAGGAGAGUGUCUUCCCUGCUGCUGUCACUGCAAGGAUUAGUAUCGAAGCAGGGGUCACGCUUGGAUGGGAGAAGUAUGUCGGAAGCAAAGGCAAGGCGAUCGGGAUUGACCGGUUUGGAGCAAGUGCUCCUGCUGGGAGAAUAUACAAGGAGUUUGGCAUAACAGCAGAGAGUAUUAUUGCGGCAGCCAAAUCUCUGUGAGGUAAGCUCUGUCAGUGAUCACAAGGAGAAUUUAGAUUUCAGUGUCAGUUUGAGGAUUCUCUAGGGCAAAGGAACCUUGCUUAGUAGAUUGAAACCUUGCCUUAAACCUGCAAUAAAAUUUUCAAAUGUCCUUGAGCUUUUCCUUUCUCAUAAUUGAUGGAGUUUUCUUCUUUAAUGAAUGAUUGCAUUUAGUUGUGCAACAAACCGUAAUAUGUAUUAAUUAUUUGAAUGUCGAAUACUGUUUCAGGAAUUUGUUUGGAUUAACUAGUCCGUUUUA